UAUAAGGUGUAAGCUCCUGUGUUGAGUGUUUGUCAAGACCAGCACUCGUGUUGUUGAAGUGUUCGCUGUGUUACAAGCGAGAUAACAAGAGAAAUACACACUGCUUCAGCAUUAUCUACAGAUAGACAAAGGAUUGUUUUAAUAGAACAAGGUUAUUUCAUAUAGGCCAAACUAGGGACACAAUUCGCUGCAGUUGAUUGAUGUGUUCACUGUGGAUGUGACCAGGUGCGGAAAUAGUUUUCUAAACACGUCAGACCGACAGACAGACGACACAACACAUGACAACAGCUUUUCAUCUUACGAGGGGCACUAAAAAAAUCGAGACUUUUUGGGCACUAACAUAGCCCUGUUUACACAUAAGGCACGCCACUGCACGAGCCAAUGCUCCAGGAGUACCAUGGAUGAGGUGGUCAAGAAGCUACUUCCUAAUUACAACCAGCUUCAUCUAGUGGCUACUAAGUUACAAAUCUUGGAGGAUGAGACCACUCAAUUGUAUGCAUGUCUAGAGGCAUACUGUAAUAAGGUCAUUCGGCUUGGGUCUGAGAGUGUUAAAGAGCUCGCCAAACAAGGGCACAUAACUGAUGACUUUUACUCAGAGCUUGACAAGACAAUGACAUUUCUCAUACAAACUAUUGCUGACAUGGAGGCACAAAUGACACCAGUUCCAGUCAGUAGAACUACACCAAGUUCCCACUCUAGUGGCAACCAACUUUUGAAGCUGGUCACUUCAUUGCAAACACUUCGGGACUGUCAGAAACACCUGGAGGAACUUAUCAAAGUUUAUCAUCAACAGAUGAUUGAUCUUGGCAACAGUUUUGUAACUGAACAGAAGGAACAGUUUAGUCAUGUCAGUCAAACACUGGAGACCUCACUGGUGUUCAUUAUGAGGAUACGUUCGGAGUUGAGUGAUGAAUCCAAUGAAAAUUCAAGAAUACCACUCCAACUUCCCAGAAUUUUGUAUAGCUCAAAUUCAUUUAAAUCAUUGGAUCUGUUGUUAGAACGUAUUAAAAAAGUGGAAGAAAAAGUCCAGUCUAACCAGGUCAGUACUGAUAUGAUAACCAACAUUAUACCUCAAGCACUCGAUGAUAUUAACGAGUUAAAGGACAACGCCCUCAACUACGUGGACACGGUUGAUCGAAUCAAAGAUUUAGAAGAAAGAGUCCGAGACCUGGACACGGAGACUGAGGUCACAUUGGUGAAAAGCAGCAUUGCUCUUCUGGAUGACGACGUGGAGGAACUGAAACUUCGAUUUGAAUCUUUCCUUAGAGCCUUCACUAUAACUAAAAGCGAAAACUUUCGAAACUUUGUGAACAUUGACCGAAGAAUGAGUGAUGUGGAAAGCAAAGGGUUAACUUCAGAUGGAAAUAAAGGAGACGAGGACAUUUUGGCUCCAGCACACCAAGAAAGAAAAUUAAGUGCUGCAGAAAGAAGUCAUUUGAUUGUGGCAGAAAGACUUCCAUCGGUUAUAGCUGAGAAGGAUAAAGAGUCUGACGUUGUUUUUGAGGAAAGUGAAACAGAAUUAAGUUUCAACAAAAAUGCUAUACAGGACGGAGCGGAAGAAAAGAAAAACCCAUUAACAGUUCAACUAGAAAUACAGAAAAACCCAAACACUGUUUCGAAUAACAUAGGUGGAAAGAUAGAAUCUAAAGACAGCUCCUGCUAAAAAAAAUAAAUUUGGCCUUAAUGUUAUUAAGUGGUUGUAAUAAUUUUCUUAGCAUGUAAAACUGUUGUUUUAGUAUUGUUAUAAAUAUACUGUAAUAAUUUUAUUGAAAUGUAAACUAAUGAUCUAAUGCUUUAUGAAACUAUUGUAAUAGCUGUAAUAUUAAUGUCAAUAUUGUGUAAAAUUAUUUAAAUGCUGUUAUUAAUUGUUAAAUUAUUUUUAUAAUUAUCCAAAUGUUGUAAACCAGCAUUAUGUGAAUGUUUCGUAAUUUUAAAUAAUUGUGUCUAGCCACAUAAUAAUAAUUGUACACAUGGGCGUAGCCAGGAUUUUUUUCAGGGGGUAUUGUUUUCUAACCCUUCUCCCCCCCCCCCCCGCCAUAGCUCUCUCUCUCUCUCUCUCUUGAAUCCUGGAAUAGGUUCUUCCUUGAGUUAGUGGAAAGACUGUAGACACCCCGCCUGGGGGAGCGCUGUGAGCUCCCCGAUCAGGGUGCAGGGCAGAGCCCCACAGCCAAGCACUUUUUACGCUAUUUAUUUUUUAAAAAAGCAAAUUCUGAGGUAUCUACAGUGCAUUAUUCUGCUAUUAAAAAUUAUUUAGCUCAGAAACCAAUUCUGCUAUUUAGUGCACAUUAUUAAUGGAGUGACUGGUAGAAAUGUGUAUCCCCACUUAGCUACGCUCAUGGUAUUUGGUGACUGCAGCUUGCUUUAGAAUUUAUAUCGAAAAUGGAACUUUUAUGGUCAAAACCAUCUUUGGUGGGUGGGUUAAACUAAAAAAUCUCUAUAAGUUUUUUUUUUAACACAAACUCAAAACCCCUUAGCUACUUUCUUAAAAUUUAGUGACUGUAUUAUGCUUUCAAAUAAUAUUGAAGAGGGUUUUUUAACCUUAAAGCUCUCUGUAGGAGGUUUUAAAUUCAAAACCACCUGGAGGGGGUUUAAAACUUAAAUCUUUCUGAAGUGGGGGAUUAAACUCAAAACCUCAUUGUCUACGCUCAUAGAAUUUUGUGACUGUAGUUUGCUUUAAUUUUAUAUUGAAGAGACGGCUUUUAGCUUCAAAUCGCACUGUAGAGGGGUUUUAAACUCAAAACCCUCUGCAGGUGGUUAUAACUAAACCCAUCCAGAGUUUUUUUUACCCUUCUUGGCUACGCUCAUAGAAUUUGGUGACUGUUUUAUGCUUUUGUCUUAUAGUGGAGAGGGGAUUUUAUCGUAAACAAAAAUUGGAGGGGGUUUUAAACUCAAAAUCCCCUUUGGCUACGCUCAUGGAAUUUGGUGGCUGUCUUUUGCAUUAUUUUGGUUUUAUAGAAGAGGGGCAUUUAAACCCAUAACUCACUGGAGGGGGGAUUUUAAACUCAAAACCCCCAUUGGCUGCGCUGGGGCGAGUGACAUUAAAUUCUCAUCUAAAAUAAACAAAAUCAAAGCAAAAAAAAAAA